AUGUUAAGAAGUUACGGAGGACGGGCGUCUCAAUCUGAUCUCUGCGAACGAGUCAAGCGCCAUCAAGUGGAAACCUGCCAGGUGACUGUCCCGUCAGGCUGUGGAAAGACUCAGUUGUGUAUUAUGCUCAGUGUUUUGGCUACUCUGCCGAGGAGUAUGGGAGGUCUGGACAGUGGAGUCAUCUUCAUCGACACAGAGUCGGCAUUCUCUGCUGAAAGACUGAUAGAAAUGGCACAGGCCAGAUUCCCAGAAUUCUUCUCGGUGAAGGAGCGUCUGCUGGAGAUGACAUCUCGUGUUCAUAUCUUCAGGGAACUGGCCUGUCAGGAUGUCCUGAACAGGCUGGAGCAUCUGGAGGAGGACAUAAUUGUGUGUCGAGCGGGGCUGCUUAUUUUGGAUUCGGUUGGCUCUGUUGUGAGGAAGGAGUUUGACACGUCGCUGCAGGGAAAUCUAACGUUCAGGAGUAACUUACUGAAGUACCUCUCGCAGGAGUUCUGCAUCCCAGUGGUUUUAACGAACCAGAUCACCGCACAUGUGGGCGAGAAGGUUCACUGUCCUCAGUGGAUUCAGGCAGAUGAGGCUCUUCUGUUUCAUCCCUCCCUGAUGGGCUGUUCUCUGAUCUCGCUAAUGGAAGCCAUCGCUCCGAGCCAUUCCGAGAUGCGUAAACAGAUCGUCAUAGCCAAAUCACCCAUGGCCCCUUUUGCCAUGCUGAGCUACACCGUUCAGAGCGAGGGCAUCCGUUUCGAGGGGAAUAAAAACCCAGAAAGUGUUUUAAACCAAGGAACAGAUCCAGGGCUUCAGCCAAUCAGAGUGAAGACGGGGUUCAUCUACAACCUUUCCCAGGCCACACCCUCUACUUGUUAA